AUGGAGAAGACUGAUGCUGGUUUUUCUGAGAAACAAGUCAAGGAGUCUAAAUCUACGAAGAUUCCGAAGAAAUUACCAGUUAUAGAAGCAGAGCCAAAAAUACCUGAAGUUUCAGUUGCUGAUAAACCAUCAACUAAAAAAGAAAUCAUUCCUUCGAAGACUGGACUUCUAAUUCGUGAGAUUCCUGCACCUGCUUCACCUUCUUCAAAGAAACGAAGGGCUACUGAUAUGGCUAAACACAUUUCCAAGAAGAAGAAGAAGAAGAAGAAGAAGAAAACCAAAAUGAUCAUCUCUUCUGAGUCUACAACUAAUGAAGAUGAAAUCAUUCCAGAAACUCCAGAAGCCGAUCUUAACAAAUAA